GCGGAAACUGCAUCUGCUGGCGCCGUCUUACACGUUGCAAACGGUUGCCACUGUAGGACUUAGUGCGCUAAUAGACGAGAGGGUGGAGAAGGAGGGGCACACACCUUAAAAACGCAAGUGCAGGCCAGGCAGACGGCUCGCCUAACCCACCCUGUCUCCCUACCAUUGUCUUCCGAGACAGUCGGAUGCCAACUAUAAUCCCGUGAGUUGGCCAGUGGAUCACUGUUUACAUGGGCGUCGCCUGAAGCGCUGUCAAGACUUCUCCCGCGCAUCUUUAAGGAGAUUCUCCAAAGGCCAUCACCAGUGCAAAGAAAAUGUGGUCACUACCGUGGUUUGGGGUGGUCACUUGGUGUCUGCUAUACUACGGUGUUUCCUCCCAAACAGUUUGUGAAAAGUUGACAGCUGACAACGGGACCUUCACCACCCUAGACUACCCCAACGAGUACCCUGACGACAGUAACUGCACAUACGAGAUCUCUGUCACCCCGCCCAAAGUCAUCAGACUUACCUUCAUGGAUUUCGAUAUUGAGUUUGGGUAUGACAACGUGUACGUGUAUGACGGAAAUACGACUGAUUCUAUAUUGAAGAUAGCCACGCUUACUGGCCGGAAUUGGAUUCCCGAUCCACUGAUUUCAAGUGGGAGCUUCAUGACUGUCCAACUUGUGUCCGAUGAGUUGGAAACCUGGAGGGGAUUUCAGGCCAAAUAUGUAGCUGAAGAUAAAGUGCUUUCCGAGUGUGAGUACGGCCAGUGGCGGUGUGCUAACGGUGUAGCCUGUAUAGAAGCCUGGAAACGGUGCAACGGAAACAUUGAUUGCACGGACCGUAGUGACGAGGAUGCAAGUGUCUGUGUGUGUCAAGAUAUCCCAUCGUCCUUGUCGAUGUGCAGGGGCCUUGAGUACAAGCAGAUGACACUCCCAAACCCAUUGAACUACAGUCUCAUCACCUUAGCCGAGGUACAAGACUCUCCGACCUGGCAUAUUCCAAGUCUGAUUGUCAUGCCCGUGUUAGAGACUUCGUCUGUGCUACGUUGGUGCCCCGCUGCGAGUCCAGUCCUAAGCCUAGGCAACUGCUGCCGUGUCGGUCCUGGUGUGAAGAGGUGAUGUACUGGUGCAGAGAGUAUGAGGCCUCCGCGUUCAAUAUCCCGAGCUGUGCGAUUUUUCCCGACACCAACUGCAACAACGUCGAAACCACGACAACUCUGG